AUGGGUAAAGAUGCUGGUUCAGCCCAUAACUUCUCAGUUCGUUGUUAUGAUAAUUUUAAAAACAACAUGACUCAUAUUGAUAAGGUGUUUGGGAAAUCAUCUGCAAAAACGAUUUUAGAUGCAAGGCUAAGGCUCAAAGUUACAAUUGAUUCCAUCCGGUGGUUAACAUUCCAGGCUUGUGCUUUUAGAGGGCAUGAUGAAUCCCCGGGAUCCAUUAACCGGGGUAAUUUCCUAGAACUGGUAAAACUUUUGGCUUCUUAUAACAAGGAGGUGAAAGAUGUUGUCUUGGAAAAUGCUCCUGGAAACGCAAAGUACACAUCUCAUCAGGUUCAAGAGGAAAUUCUUGGUAUACUUUCUCGAAAGGUGCAAAGAACAAUUAGAGAAGAAAUUGGUGAUAGCAAAUUUUGUAUAAUGGUUGACGAAGCUUGCGAUGAAUCCAAGAAAGAGCAAAUGGCAUUGGUCCUUCGGUUUCCCGACACUGAAGGGUUCAUACAGGAGCAUUUUGUUGAUGUCAUUCAUGUGAAUGACACUCCUGCAUUGACUCUCAAGGAGACAAUUUGCACUGUUCUAGCAGAUAACAAUUUAAAUGUGGAAGAUAUCAGAGGUCAGGCCUAUGACGGGGCCAGUAAUAUGCGAGGGGAGUGGAACAGAUUGAAAGCUUUAAUUCUGAAGGCGUGCCCUUAUGCAUAUUACAUUCAUUGUAUGGCGCAUCAGCUUCAAUUGGCCCUUGUUGCAGCAUCACGAGAGGUGCUCCUCGCUGAUCUAAGAGAAGAAGGAUGGGAACCUCUCAUAGAGGAGGUUAAGACCUUUUGUGUGAAGCAUGAAGUUGAGAUCCCCGAUAUGAGUCGCAAGUAUGUUGAUGUGACUAAGUCUCAGCAUAAACAUAAUAAAAUCACGGUGCUUCACCACUACAAAGCAGAUGUGUUCAAUGUGGCGAUAGAUCAACAAUUGGUUGAGAUAAAUGACCGUUUUAGCGUUCAGACUACAGAGCUAAUGACACUCUGUGUAUCCUUGGAUCCAAGGCAUGACUCAUUUGACAUAUCAAAGAUCUGCAGGCUUGUGGAAAAAUUAUGUCCUGCAGAUUUUUCUAGUCAAGAGCAGGCUCGCCUGGAGUCACAACUUCCACACUAUCAGUUAGAUGUUUGCAACCAUCCAGAGCUGAAAUCUUCGUCAUCACUGGCUGAUUUGACCGUUGCAUUGCAUAAAACAGGUAAAGCCUCUGUGUAUCCAAUGGUGGACAGAUUAUUGCGCUUGGUCAUCACUCUCCCGGUGUCAACUGCAACUGCGGAGAGCUUUUUCAGCAAUGAAGAUCAUCAAGACGCGUCUCCGAAGUAA